AUGGGCGUCCCCAACGGCAAUCAGCCGUCCAACGGCCACGGCAGCUCCAAUGCCGCCAAAUACAACCUCCCUUCACAUUUCAUUGGUGGUAACCACCUCGAAGUAGCACCUCCGAGCUCCGUGAAGGACUUCGUCGCCGAGCAUGGCGGUCACUCCGUCAUUACGUCGGUGCUUAUCGCCAACAACGGUAUCGCCGCCGUCAAGGAGAUUCGCUCAGUGAGGAAAUGGGCCUACGAGACCUUUGGCAACGAGCGAGCCAUCCAGUUCACUGUCAUGGCCACCCCGGAGGAUCUUACCGCCAACGCCGACUACAUCCGCAUGGCUGACCAAUACGUCGAGGUUCCUGGCGGAACGAAUAAUAAUAAUUAUGCCAACGUCGAGCUGAUCGUCGAUGUUGCCGAGCGCAUGGAUGUUCACGCCGUAUGGGCUGGAUGGGGUCACGCCUCUGAGAACCCUCGGCUACCUGAGUCCCUAGCGGCCUCGCCCAAGAAGAUCAUCUUCAUUGGUCCUCCCGCAUCUGCCAUGCGCUCGCUGGGUGACAAGAUCUCUUCCACCAUUGUCGCACAGCAUGCUGGUGUGCCCUGUAUCCCCUGGUCGGGAACCGGCGUCGAAGAGGUGACGAUUGAUGAAAAAGGAAUUGUGACAGUCGAGGACGAUGUCUACGCCCGCGGCUGCACGUUCUCCCCGCCGAAGGCCUCCGAGGGUGGUGGUGGUAAGGGUAUCCGUAAGGUCGACAACGAGGAGGACUUCGUCUCCCUGUACAAUGCGGCCGCCAACGAGAUCCCCGGUUCUCCUAUUUUCAUCAUGAAGCUGGCUGGUAACGCUCGCCACUUGGAGGUGCAGCUGCUUGCUGAUCAGUACGGUAACAACAUCUCCCUCUUCGGCCGUGACUGCUCUGUUCAGCGUCGUCACCAGAAGAUUAUUGAGGAGGCACCCGUCACCAUUGCCAAACAACCCACUUUCCAGGCAAUGGAGAAGGCUGCUGUCAGCCUUGGUCGUCUGGUCGGUUACGUGUCUGCCGGUACCGUCGAGUAUCUGUACUCGCAUUCCGAUGACAAGUUCUACUUCCUCGAGUUGAACCCCCGUCUUCAAGUGGAACAUCCCACCACUGAAAUGGUCUCUGGUGUCAACCUGCCCGCUGCCCAGCUCCAGAUCGCCAUGGGUAUUCCUCUGCACCAGAUCCGCGACAUUCGUCUCCUGUACGGUGUUGACCCCAACACCACCGGCGAGAUUGACUUCGAUUUCUCCAGCGAGGAGAGUCUGAAGACUCAGCGCCGCCCUCAGCCCAAGGGCCACACCACUGCUUGCCGUAUUACCUCUGAAGAUCCCGGCGAGGGUUUCAAGCCUUCCAGUGGUACCAUGCACGAGCUGAACUUCCGCAGUUCUUCUAACGUUUGGGGUUACUUCUCCGUCGGAACCUCUGGUGGUAUCCACAGUUUCUCGGACAGCCAGUUCGGUCACAUUUUCGCCUACGGUGAGAAUCGUUCUGCCUCGCGCAAGCACAUGGUUGUUGCUCUGAAGGAAUUGAGCAUUCGUGGUGACUUCCGUACCACCGUUGAGUACCUCAUCAAGCUGUUGGAAACUCCCGCUUUCGAGGACAACACCAUCACCACCGGUUGGCUCGACCAGCUCAUCUCCAACAAGCUGACAGCCGAGCGCCCUGACCCUAUUGUCGCUGUUAUCUGUGGUGCCGUCACCAAGGCCCACCUUGCCAGUGAGGCUGGCAUUGAGGAGUACCGCAAGGGUCUGGAGAAGGGUCAAGUUCCUUCCAAGGAAGUCCUCAAGACUGUCUUCCCCGUAGACUUCAUCUACGAGGGUGCUCGCUACAAGUUCACUGCCACUCGCGCUAGUCUGGACAGCUACCACCUGUUCAUCAACGGUUCCAAGUGCUCCGUUGGUGUUCGUGCUCUGGCUGACGGUGGUCUGCUGGUCUUGCUCAGCGGCCGCAGUCACAAUGUCUACUGGAAGGAGGAGCCUGCUGCCACUCGUCUGAGUGUGGAUGGCAAGACCUGCCUUUUGGAGCAGGAGAACGACCCCACUCAGCUUCGCUCCCCCUCUCCCGGUAAGCUGGUCAAGUUCACUGUCCAGAACGGUGAGCACAUCCGCGCUGGCCAGGCCUACGCUGAGGUUGAAGUCAUGAAGAUGUACAUGCCUCUGAUCGCUCAGGAGGAUGGUAUGGUGCAGCUCCUCAAGCAGCCCGGAGCCACUUUGGAAGCGGGUGAUAUCCUCGGUAUUCUCGCUUUGGAUGACCCUUCGCGUGUUAAGCACGCUCACCCCUUCACUGGCCAGCUGCCCGACCUUGGCCCUCCCGUCGUUAACAUCCUUCGUGGUUUCGACAACCAGGUCAUUAUGGGUGAGACUCUGAAGGAGCUUGUUGAGGUCCUUCGCAACCCCGAGCUUCCUUAUGGAGAGUGGAAUGCCCAGUCAUCCGCUCUGCACUCGCGUAUGCCUCAGAAGCUGGAUGCCCAGCUCGAAGGCGUCGUCGAGAAGGCCAAGUCUCGCAAGGCUGAAUUCCCUGCCAAGCAGCUCCAGAAGAUUAUUUCUCGUUUCAUUGAGGACCACGUUAACCCCGCCGAUGCCGAGAUCCUUAAAACCACUCUCUCGCCCUUGACGCUGGUUAUCAACAAGUAUCUCGACGGCCUGAAGACCAACGAGUAUAAUGUCUUCAUCAGUCUCUUGGAGCAGUACUACGGUGUCGAGAAGCUGUUCUCCACCGGUACUAAGCGUGACGAGGAUGUCAUUCUCAAGCUUCGCGAGGAGAACAAGGACGAUAUCACCAAGGUCGUACACACUGUCCUCUCUCACAGCCGCGUUGGCUCCAAGAACAACCUGAUACUGGCCAUCUUGGAAAUGUACCGCCCCAACCAGCCCAACCUCGGCAAUGUCAGCAAGCACUUCAAGCCUAUUUUGAAAAAGCUUACUGACCUCGAGGCUCGCUCCACCGCUAAGGUCACUCUCAAGGCUCGUGAGGUUCUCAUCCAGUGCGCUAUGCCAUCGCUGGAGGAACGCUUGUCCCAGAUGGAGCACAUCCUGCGCUCUUCUGUUGUCGAGUCCCGCUACGGCGAGACUGGCUGGGACCACCGUGAGCCCGAUGCUGGUAUCUUGAAGGAGGUCGUCGACUCCAAGUAUACCGUCUUUGAUGUACUUCCUCGCUUCUUCGUCCACCAGGACCCCUGGGUCACCCUCGCUGCUCUGGAGGUCUAUGUCCGCCGCGCUUAUCGUGCCUACACUGUCAAGAGCCUUGACUACAGCGCCGCUGGUGAGCCUCCCCUCCUGUCUUGGGACUUCACCCUCGGCAAGCUGGGUCAGGCUGAGUUUGGUCCUAUCUCCUCCACUCAGCCCUCGGCUCCCGGCACCCCUACCGCUGAAAGCAACCCAUUCAAGCGCAUUAACUCCAUCAGUGACAUGUCCUACCUGGUCAACGACCCCUCCACCGACCCUAUCCGCCGCGGUGUCAUUAUUCCCGUGCAGUACCUGGAGGAUGCAGAGGAAUUCCUACCCAAGGCUCUGGAGGCCUUCAACCGCGCUGGCGCCAAGGCCCAUAAGGCUGACAACGGCCUGAUUGCCAAUCUUGAGGGCAAGCGUCGCCCUGCACCCCCGGGUGCUAAGGAGAACGAUGACGAGCUUACUGGUGUCCUCAAUAUUGCUAUCCGUGACAUUGAAGAGCAGGAUGACUCUCAGAUCGCUUCCCAGAUGCAGAGACUGUUAGCUGACAACAAGGAGGAGUUGCUCUCCCGCCGCAUCCGCCGGGUGACCUUCAUCUGUGCCAAGAACGGUGUCUACCCCGGAUACUUCACCUUCCGUGGCCCCAAGUAUGAGGAAGAUGAGAGCAUUCGCCACAACGAGCCUGCUCUUGCCUUCCAGCUUGAGCUUGGCCGUCUGUCCAAGUUCAAGAUCAAGCCCGUUUUCACUGAGAACCGUAACAUUCACGUCUACGAGGCGCUUGGAAAGGGUCCCGAAAGCGACAAGGCCGUCGACAAGCGCUACUUUGUUCGCGCUGUCGUCCGUCCUGGUCGUCUGCGUGAUGACAUUCCCACAGCCGAAUACCUGAUCUCGGAGGCUGAUCGCCUGAUGAACGAUAUUUUGGAUGCCCUUGAGAUCAUUGGCAACAACAACUCUGACCUUAACCACAUCUUCAUCAACUUCUCCCCGUCUUCAACCUGCAGCCCAUCGAUGUCGAGCAGGCUCUUGCUGGCUUCCUCGACCGCUUCGGUCGUCGCCUGUGGCGCCUCCGUGUCACCGGAGCUGAGAUUCGCAUCCUUUGCACUGAUCCCUCCACCGGCAUGCCCUACCCUCUGCGUGUUAUCAUCAGCAACACCUACGGCUUCAUCAUCCAGGUUGAGCUGUACAUCGAGCGUAAGUCCGAGAAGGGCGAGUGGAUUUUCCAGAGCAUUGGUGGUACUACCAAGCUCGGCUCCAUGCACAUGCGCCCGUGUGUCUACUCCUUACCCUACUAAGGAGUGGCUGCAGCCCAAGCGUUACAAAGCUCACCUCAUGGGAACUCAGUACGUGUACGAUUUCCCCGAGCUGUUCCGCCAGGCCUUCCAGAACGCUUGGACCAAGGCUGUCGCGGAUAUCCCCUCGCUGUCUUCUCAGCGCCCAGCUAUCGGCGAGUGCAUUGACUAUGAGGAAUUGGUCCUCGAUGACACUGACAAUCUGGUUGAGGUCUCCCGUGAGCCCGGCACCAACUCUCACGGUAUGAUUGGUUCGUUCGGCCCCCAGGAAGAUAAAUUCUUCCACAAGUGCACUGAGCUCGCUCGCAAGCUUGGUAUCCCGCGUAUCUACUUGUCUGCCAACUCCGGUGCCCGUAUCGGUAUGGCCGAUGAGCUGAUCCCAUACUUCUCCGUUGCCUGGAACGAUGCUUCCAAACCUGAGGCUGGCUUCAAGUACCUCUACCUCACUCCCGAGGUCAAGAAGCGCUUCGAUGCUGGCAAGAAGAAGGAGGUCAUUACUGAGCUCAUUCACGACGAGGGUGAGGAUCGCUACAAGAUCACCACUAUCAUUGGUGCCAAGGACGGCCUUGGUGUUGAGUGUCUCAAGGGCUCCGGUCUCAUCGCUGGUGCUACUUCCAAGGCCUACGAGGACAUUUUCACCAUCACGCUGGUUACCUGCCGUUCCGUCGGUAUCGGUGCCUACCUUGUUCGUCUUGGUCAGCGUGCUAUCCAGGUUGAGGGCCAGCCCAUCAUCCUGACUGGUGCUCCUGCCAUCAACAAGCUGCUCGGUCGUGAGGUCUAUACCUCCAACUUGCAGCUUGGAGGUACCCAGAUCAUGUACAACAACGGUGUUUCCCACAUGACUGCGGCUGACGACUUCGACGGUGUUCGCAAGAUCGUCGAGUGGAUGUCCUUCGUUCCCGACAAGAAGGGUGCUCCUAUCCCCAUCCGCCCCUGGUCUGAUAACUGGGAUCGUGAUGUCGCCUACUACCCGCCUCCCAAGCAGUCCUACGAUGUCCGCUGGCUCAUUGGUGGUAAGCAGGAACCAGAAGGCUUCCUCCCUGGUCUGUUCGACAAAGACUCAUUUGAAGAGUCCCUCGGCGGUUGGGCUCGCACUGUUGUUGUUGGUCGUGCUCGCCUUGGUGGUAUUCCCAUGGGUGUCAUCGCUGUCGAGACCCGCUCUGUUGAGAACGUUACUCCUGCUGACCCAGCCAACCCCGACUCUAUGGAGAUGAUCACCCAGGAGGCUGGUGGUGUUUGGUACCCCAACUCCGCCUACAAGACGGCCCAGGCUCUCCGUGAUUUCAACAACGGUGAGCAGCUGCCCGUCAUGAUCCUUGCCAACUGGAGAGGUUUCUCUGGUGGUCAGCGUGACAUGUACAACGAGGUCCUCAAGUACGGUUCGUACAUCGUCGAUGCUCUCGUCAAGCACGAGCAGCCCAUCUUCGUGUACAUCCCUCCUCACGGUGAGCUCCGUGGUGGAUCGUGGGUCGUCGUUGACCCCACCAUUAACCCCGAUCAAAUGGAGAUGUACGCCGACGAAGAGUCCCGCGGUGGUGUCCUCGAGCCCGAAGGUAUUGUGAACAUCAAGUACCGCCGCGACAAGCAGCUUGAUACCAUGGCCCGCCUGGACACCACCUAUGGUGACCUCCGCCGUUCCCUCGAAGACACCUCCCUCAGCAAUGAGCAGUUGACCGAGAUCAAGGCCAAGAUGGCCAUCCGUGAAGAGCAGCUCCUGCCUGUCUACCUGCAGAUCGCUCUCCAAUUCGCCGACCUGCACGACCGCGCCGGCCGCAUGCAAGCCAAGAACACCAUUCGCCAUCCCCUGAAGUGGCAGAACGCUCGCCGCUUCUUCUACUGGCGCCUACGCCGCCGUCUCAGUGAAGAGUUGAUCGUCAAGCGCAUGGUCGCCGCUUCUGCCACCCCUGCUCCUCGCAAUGGUGCCGGUGGCGCCAUUCCCUCCACUGGUGCGGCCUCCACCAGUACUGAGACACCCCGUGCCGCGCACCUCCGCACUUUGCACGCCUGGACCGGCCUGCUGGACGAGGAGCUCGAGCAUGAUGACCUCAAGGUCGCCACCUGGUACGAGGAGAACAAGAAGAUCGUGCAUGCCAAGCUGCUUAUUGGAAACAAGGAGGGUGGUCUUCGUGGUGUGCAGCAGGUGCUUUCUAUGUUGCCUGUUGAGGAGCGCGAGAAUGUGCUCAAGUACCUUGGAUCCGCAUAA